ACGGAAGAAGAUCAGGAAAAAGAGAGUUUAAAGCAACUAAAGAGAUAAUGGCCGAUCCAGAGUUUGUCUUGGACGCUGUUAUCGGCUUUUUAACCUCUCCAAUAUGGAACAGCCCAGUUCCAACUUUUAUAGAACAGAAUUGUCUUGUCUUUGAUCCAGAAGCAGAGUAUCACGAGUCGUAUAAAGAGAUCCAUGAAAAAUACAAACAAAUGGUGGAGACAUUGCUAUCAAGCUUUCUUAAGGAUAUUGGUAUAACUGCUGAACAGUUUACAGCAGCCUGCAAAGAAACAGGUGGAAAUGCGCAGUUUAAUGAGAUAAGAAAGAAUGUCCUUGAACAAGUGUGGGCAGCAGAAGACUUUGAAGUUUUCAAGAGAUUAAUGAUCCAAAAGAACAUUGAAUUGCAGCUGCAAGCCUUGCAACUCAUUCAGCAACGAGGUCACCARCAGGUGYUGAAACCCUCACAAACUCMACCACCUUCAAAAUCAGAAGYUAAYGAUGAAGAUGAAAUCAUGAAAGAAGUUUUGCGCAUUUCCAAGGACGAGUAUGAAAAAAAGACGAAGGCAGAGAAAAAGGAAGAGGAAGUUCUUCAAAAGACAUUAUCUGAAUCAUUUGAGGAGCAUGAAAGAUUAAAGAUGUUGGCACAACGCGAAAAAGGCGAGCUCGAAAAAGCAUUAAAGACAUGUACGAUAUCUGAACCAGUAGAAGACAAGACCAAAGAAUCAACAGCUCCUUCAUCAACCUCUGUUUCAUCUUCGUCUGCAGCAACAAAAACUACCAAGCCAAAAGAAGAGCCAAAACCACAAAAAACUCCUCAAGUUACAAAGCCACAAGAAAAGGCAAAGCCACAGGAAAAGGUACAAGAAAAAGCAAAACCGCCAGAAAAGAGCCAAGGUUUACCUCCAAUACCUGUAGCAGACAAGGCUAAGACACCAGCUGAUGCUGCCGCCAGCUGGAUGAGUAGCGCAAAGGCUGAAGCCGCUUCAGCUUCUUCAAGUGGCUCUAUUCAUCAGGGAACAACAAUGUCUGAAGAAGAGUUAAAACGACGAACUGAAUAUCUUAAAGAGCAGCGUGAUAAAUUACUCCAACUAAAGAAGCAACAGAGAGAGAAGAACCUAGUUAAAUAUACCGAGGAUCAGCCAAAAUCUCGACCGAUGUCAGCAAGGGCGGCAAGAACGGUUACAUCAGGCGAACCCUCCACAUCGCCACCCACAGCACCCAGCCCAACAGACGAUAAAAAACUUGCCAUGAGAAAAGCACUCGCCGAUGUUUUAAAGCGAGAAGUUAUUGAAAAGCACUGAGACAAGUAGUGCAAAACUUUCUUCAAUCAAUUGAUUAAUGAACUGAAUGGUACUUUCAAAUUAUGGUAGCGUAUUAUAAUAUGAAUGAAUUUUUUGCAGAUAUUUAAAUAUGCUCGGUAUACUUAAAAUUCGACGCGAAUCUCAUAUGCUGAACAUGAUGUAAAUGAUAAUGUAUGAGAUACAAACGGCGUUCAAAGCAGGUCUAAGGUCUACACUACGACAUAUUCAGAAGCGUAAUUAGCAGAACKAAAGAAAACAUAAAGCAUAAAGCCGAGCGUGCUACAUACAUGUAAUAAGUCGUGGACAUAUGCGUAUAGUAAUUAGCAAAGAUAGAACGAAGAAAGACACCUUUUGUCUUCUUCAACACUUUUUAUCGCYAAAUCUAUUGUUUGUUCUUACGUUUAUGCUUAUUAAGUCGUAGUGUGAACAGGCCCUAAGAUGCAACGGCGGAGUGAGUGACAGGGGAACAGACCACUGAGGGGUUCAGAGCUCGAAUUUGACUUACWCUGCAGUAAUGUAAUAAAGAAAUGAAGGGAAUACUCUGUGUGCUUCCAUUCGUCGUUCGGUCAGUCGUUCCGUCCAUUUAUCUAAGGUCCCGAMUAACUUUUUUUUAAGUCUUAUGUAAUGCCACUUGUUGUUCAAUACUGCGAAAAAAGGAAAUGAUAACAAUGCCGGAUCGAAAUUGUCUCUGAUUAUUUUUGAUAUUUACCAACCAAUAGCAGAUUCCCUCGAUUACUAUAGUUYGGUUUGCCAGUGUUUUUCAGCAAUUUUCCCCCUUUUUAACCCAUAGGGGGUGGGGGGUGGAGGGGUCGGAAAGGAUGUUUACAGACUAUUUUUCAGCCGCUGAGGAAAUGUUGUCUAUCAAUAUUGUCUUUCCAGAGUUACUUGCGGUAGUGMAUUCGGCACUUUUCGUGAAAUAAGUAACU